CUCUUUGUCCCGAUCGCUUGCACAGCCUCACAGGUGCCCCUCCUCCAUCAUCGCUUCCACCUCCACUAUAACAUUUUACGUCUCCUACCACCGUCUCCCUCUCCGCCUUCCAAUCCUCCGGCCACUCCCUCCAUCCUUCUCCACUCCCGCCACCCUUUCACCCAUCGGCUCGCCAAUCGCAAGACCUACCCUGUCCAAUUUUUUUCGCUCCGUCUCCACACUUACCUCUGCCGCUCCUCCAUUUCUGUUGCAGUCACCUUUAUUCCUCUUAUCCUUACUUUCUGGGUUCUCUCCUUCAGCCCUUUUGCUUUCCCCAAAUUUCAGAAAUACUUAGGGCUUGUGAAAGAAAAAUAGGAGUAAAUGAAGGCAAAACUUCCAGAAAAAUGAUGUGAUUGUCACUGGGGUGUUGACGGAAAAAUGGUCACCUGAUGUAAAGGAUGCCCGCUGUGACCUUGAUCCUGUCUUAGUUGCAAACUACAUAAGAGUAUCUUUAGUAGAGAGCCUGGAUGGUAUUAGAGGGGCCUUUUGAUUAGCAUGCACGGGGGUGGAAGUUUUAAAAUUCUACUGUUCUUUAUGCAUCUCAGCAUGGCCAAACAAGGUCAGAUGGAUGCUGUGCAUUGGGUGGGAAGUGGUGUGGGUUUUUUUUUUGUUGUUGUUUGGGGGGGGUUGUGUUUGGGUUUGGAAGCAUAUUAGGUGGGAAAGGAAUUAGGAGGUCUCUUUGUAUUGCUCAUUGACGUUCACUCUCCAGACUGGAAUUGGCUCAGUUUAUGGUUUUCACUUUCACAAGCUUCACUGCUCCCCAGUGCCUGCGUCACUGAGUAGCAGUCGACAAAAAUUAGGUCUCAAAGGCUUCAUUUUCUGCAAGAUUUUUCCAGUGGAAUCAUAGUGCAAUCAAGAUUUUUCCAGAAUGCUGCCAACUUUUGAUCCAACAGCUACUGAAGCUGGUUCAAGGAUUUUGGAGGAUAUAACCAGCAAUGCUGGUCAUAUACAAGAACAGGUCCUGGAGGAGAUUUUAACUAAAAAUGCAAGCACUGAUUACUUGAAGGGUUUUCUUAAUGGUCACUCUGAUAAGGGACUAUUCAAGAAUAAAGUUCCUGUGGUAGAUUAUGAAGAUAUCAAGAUUUACAUCGAUCGAAUUGCACUGGAUGGAGAGCCAUCUCGGAUUUUAACUAAUGAAUCCAUUACUGAGCUACUCAAAAGCUCGGGCACUUCAGGUGGGAAGCAAAAGUGGAUUCCAAAAACUGCUGAAGAGGGAGAGCGCAGGGCCUUUAUUUGUUGUCUCCGUGAUACUGUUUUAAACAGGUACCUACAGGGCUUGAGCGAUGGGAAAGCGCUGUUAUUUGUCCUUAUCAACCCGGAUAUCCACACUCCUGGUGGCUUAGUUUUAAGAACAGCCUCAGAAAGCGAGAUAAAGAACAGAAAAGACAGAUAUCCUCAGUUUAUAUUGUGUGAAGAUACCAAUCAGAGCUUGUAUAGUCAAUUACUUUGUGGCCUUGUGCAGCGUGAUGCGAUAGCAAGCGUUGGUACAUAUUUCGCCUCGGGUUUGCUAAGGGUAAUCAAAUUUUUCGAGGAACAUUGGCAAGAAAUGUCUUCCAACAUAAGAACUGGACAAAUGAGUGAUUGGAUCACUGACCCUAACUGCAAAAGGGCUGUCUCCUUGAUUUUGAGCAAACAAAUGCCGGAUUUGGCUGAUUCAAUUGAUCUUGUAUGCCAAGAAAAGUCUUGGGAAGGGAUAAUUAAGAAGAUCUGGCCAAGGACCAAGUAUGUCUUGGCCAUUAUUACAGGGUCCAUGGCACAAUAUAUCCCUGCACUUGAAUUCUAUACGGGUGGGUUACCUGUAGUUUCAUCACUUUAUGGUUCUUCAGAGGCAUUUUUUGGGAUAAACAUGAAACCUUUGUGCAGUCCUUAUGAUGUCUCGUAUACUUUUAUACCAAACAUGGCCUACUAUGAGUUCUUACCAAUUGACAAUCAUCAAGGUCCAAACUGCACCAACAGGAAAGAUGCUCAUUUGAAAGAUCACAUUGUGGAUCUUGCUAAUGUUAAGAUUGGCCAACAUUAUGAACUUCUUGUCACGACCUUUACAGGUUUGUACAGGUACAGAAUGGGGGAUAUUCUCCUGGUGACAGGUUUUCACAAUUCCACUCCCCAAUUCAAAUUUGUACAAAGGACAAAUGUGGUUUUGAGUAUUCACACAGAUAAAACAACUGAACAAGACCUCCAAAAAGCAGUUGCAAUAGCAAUGCAGAUCCUUCAACCACUUGGCUUCUUUCUUUUGGAUUACAGUAGCUAUGCUGAUACAUCUUCUAUUCCUGGUCACUAUGUACUCUUUUGGGAGCUUCAACUCAGACCAAACGAUGAUACACCUGAAUUUGAUCAGGUUAAAAUGGAAAAAUGUUGUAGUUUAGUGGAACAAUCUCUGGACCAGAAAUAUAAGUUGCUGAGGAAUCAGAGCAUCAGUACCAUUGGUCCUUUGGAAAUUAGAGUUGUGAAACAAGGAACAUUCAACGUGCUCAUGGACUUUUAUGUUUCUCAAGGAACUUCUUUAAACCAGUACAAGACACCUAAGAACAUAAAGUCUGAGAAAGCCAUUGUAAUUCUGGACUCCAGAGUAGUGGGAAAAUUUUACAGCAGAGAAGUGCCUAAUCAAGACUCGUAGCCUGUGGUCUUCAAGAAUCUUUUUGCAUAUUUCAUCCUAGGCAUUCAUAUACCUUGUCUUGCAAUGUCGAAAUAUAAAAUACUUCACCAUUGUAUGGAUGCAUUUGUGUUCUACUAUUUUUCAGUUUGUUUGUGAAGCUUGGUGGAUGAGGAUAGUAUCUGAAACUCUUGUACUCAUCAAAUUGAGGGCAAUGCUAUUCUAGUAGCAAAA